GUUCAGCGGUGUGUGUGUGUGCGCGCGCGGUCGGCGUGUGUGUGUGUGUGUGUGUGUGUGUGUGAGGAGAAAUGGUACUUCUCAGCCUGCAGGUUUUGUGCGCCGCGGCGGUGUGUGUGCUGUGUUCCAGCCAGAGGGUGUUUUUCGGAUGUGGGGCGAGGUUGGACGUUGUGGACAUUCAGGGUCUCAUUCUGUCUCCUGGUUUUCCAAGUAACUACUCGUCUGGGUUGCACUGCGUCUGGCAGUUUUUUGUCCCUGAAGGUCAUCGCUUAACCAUGGAAAUGUUUGAUUUUGACAUUUUUGAGAGUUCUGAGAGAAACCUGACCCUGUCUGUAGACACGAUCAUGAGUGAAGGUGGUGAAGAGCAUCUCCAUACUAACAGAGUUCCACCUGGAGGAUUGGAUGCAAUGGAGUCCGAAUUGUGGAACACCAGACCUCCGUUAUCAGAGAAAGUUAAAAAAUCUGUGUUUCCUUCAUCUUCAGAGGAGGACCUGGAACCUCCACCCAGCAGCUCCUCUACUGUCACAGAGGACGAAGCUGAGACCCCCCUGCUGGUAAAGGACACGUGUCCUGACGAUGUUCUGUACAUCACAGAUCUGAUCACGUUCUCUUCGCGGUUUUGUGGCUCCAGACGUCCGUCUGAUGGCCAGCUGGUGUUUGGAUCUGAAGUGGAGAUGGUCGAGGUGAUCAUGGAGCUCAUUACUAACACAGUCCGGGGUCGAGGAUUUGCUCUGGUCUUCCGUUAUCACAACGGAACAUCUAAAUCAUCCGUCGGGGGUCAAAGAUCGGCAGAGGCGUCUGUUGGCGCAGGAGAAGUUCUGCUAGCUGUUGUUAGUCUUGCUGCCUUUUUUGCUACAAGUCUGACCAUCGUUCUCUGUGUGUCUCUGAGAACUAAACUGUGUGCAAACGACUCCAGCGUGACCUCAUCCAUCACCCCUGAGGUCCCAGUUCAGAACCUUCAAACUGAUGUCAGUGAACUUCAGUUGGUUACUGCCAAUCAUCCUGAACAAGAACGUAACAAAAUCAACAACUCCAGUUUACCUCACACAGGUAACACCUCAGAACACCGAAGUUUCAAAAAUGCUAAUCUGAAGUGUUCUAAUGGUCUGAUGGAGAUGGACCUGGGGGCAGAUGAAGUGUUUGUGAUCUCAAACACAGAUACACCGUCGUUUACUCCUUGCAUGCAUCGUGAACGUUUUCUGCGAGGCAGUGACACCGGGUCCGUGCAGCCGUCUGAUUGGAUGCCUCGCAGCGAGCCUUCCGAUUGGCCGAGUCGUAGCAGCCAUGUUGGAUCCCCACGUCCUCGAGCGUGGAGUGUCCGAACCUUUCACGACUUCCUAAUUCCUUUUCCACAAUUAAACAGGAAGUGGUGCAGCUGGAAUUUAACGAGCCCCUUCACCAAACUGGUGGAAAGCGUUUCUCCAGGUUCUGUGAUGGACGGUCGCGAUGCCAUGGAGGUUCCUUUGGCUCAGCAUAACCGCCGUUACGACACGUCACGCUCACACACGUCUCAGCAGAUCAGUGAGCUCGAUGGUGCCCUUUGUGGGCUGGAGCAGGGCAUGCAGAUUAAAAUCUGCGAAUUCCCCGCUGACGGCAAUGAUGAUAACCUCAGCAUUCCUGUGUUUGCCAUUUCAGAAGAAGACGAUCGAGAGCCUCUGUUUUUCUCUAAACAUCAACACAAAACCAAAAACGAUGAGAUCGGAAGUCACCGGUCCUUUACGUCAUUAGGCUCCGCCCAUUUGGCUUUCACGGAUGAAGAAUUGGCUGUAUUGGAAAAGAACACGUCUAGUAAGAUCCAUCUACCAUCACUGAGUCAUGUGACUUUGUCAUGUGACUCUGAGGGAAGGAACACAUGAUCGACUCGGCAUGUUGUCUGUUUUACACUAAAAAAAUCAAUGAUUCGAGGUGUUUGCUGUGUGUGAAGCUGAUGGAUCUUGCGAGAUCUUUGUUGUUUCCUAAUGUCUCCGAGACCCCAAAGUAAAUGGGGGCGUCAUCUUGGACAAUUUUCACUCCUAUAAACACUGCUGAUGGAUUUGUACAUUAACACGCUCAUGCCCCUUCACAUAACAAAGUAAAUUUUUUAUAUUGAAAAAUAUUUAAAUGUUUUUUGUGGACUGAAAAUAAUAUAAAGUAAAAAAGAUUGUUAUUAAUCCACCACAGAUUCGUAUCAUUAAUAGCUUCUAUAAUAGAUAUAUUGUGUGUCCUUUAAUAUAAUAAUGACUUUACUCUUUACUCUGCAUGGUUAGUGGGAUUAAUCAGCACCUCAGCCUCAUGAAUAUGACUUUUGUAAAUGCAGCAUUAAUGCAUGUCAUUACUGUGUGUCAUGUUUGUAAAUGCAGCCACGGUGAUGAUGUUCUCCUGUGAGCAACGUCGCGUCAUUAAGGGAAAAAAUAUUAGUAUAAAAAAAAUGCAUUGACUAACAAAUGAAUAUCAAUAAAAUAUGAUGUGACUGUCGGCAGAAA